GCGAAUUUAGUAUGCUGUGGGAGGUGGUCGUCGGAGGAUGGAGCGGCGGCGGCGGCCUCGGGGAGUGGGGACCGAGCUGCGCGCCCUACACCGCCGCCUCCUGCUCAGGACCGACCUGAAUGUGGAGGACCUGCGUGCCACUUGUCUGCCUUCAAACGCCAAGGAUGCAGAACUCGAGGGAACGUGGGGGCGCCGAAAAACUCUGGCAGCGGUUGGCGCCCUUCUCGUCCUUGUGCUUGCCCUAGUCGCUUCGCUGCCCAACCUUCAGGAUGAAAUUCUCAGGGGUGCUUUCGAGCGUCGUUGCAUGGUGGCCAACAAUUUUCUUUUGAUGGAAGCGUCCCGAACAGAGACGGACUGCGAAAGUGUGUGCGUCGGCGUGGACGCAGUGCACGAACUUCAAGAACCAACGCGCGCCCAGUUUGCAGCCCUUGCGUACGCAUCGCAUCCGGUGGUUGUCCGAGGCGCUGCCGCCAACUGGUCGGCCCUGCGCACCUUCAGUCCUGCCUUCUUCAAGACGGUGUACGAAACCUACACCGACGCGUACCUUGCCAUCGAGCGUGACUGCCAGUUCUUCCCAUUCCGCACUGAAUUCUCCUCUUUGCACGAGGCUCUUAACAUGGACCCUGACAGGAUUACCUUGGCGCCUGGCACCAAGCCCUGGUAUAUUGGAUGGAGCAACUGCGAUCCACGCGUGGCUGAGCAGCUUCGUCGGCACUACCAGCGACUGCCCUUUUUACCUGAGGAGAUUUCGGCCACGGACUGGAUCUUUAUGGGCGGACCAGGCCCAGGAGCCAGCAUGCAUCUGGACUAUGUGUCUCGGCCGUCGUGGCAGGCGCAGAUUUCUGGCAGCAAGACGUGGCGUUUGGCGCCUCCACCCGAGUGCGAACAUGUGUGCACCUCCUUCAACCUGACGGUCAAUAAAGGCGACGUCGUGUUGAUCGACACGAACCAGUGGUACCACGACACCUUCGUCAACCCCGGCGAGCUGAGCAUCACCAUCGGCUCCGAGUACGGCUGACUUGUUGAUAGACCUAUUAGGCUUAAUUAGACGAUGCUAUACACGUGCUUCCGAUUCGUCGUGCCAAAGUCUGAGGAACUUUUAGGGACAGUAGAGGCACAAGUGCCAAAAACACACACGCAAAAAGGUGCUCAAAAUAAUUAAAUAUGCGCACGGCCUUGCGAAAAUAAAUUCUAAUCAAAAUAAACAAAGACGACCACUUGACCAGAAUUAGUCUGAUUUUCGCUUUAGUAAAAAAACAACCGAUGUAUUUUUGUUGUCGGGCUUUGCAGCUCUAUAUUAGUGAGUUUUUGUUCUUUUUUACCACACAUCCUGUUUUACUGUUAGAAUCUAUGAUUAGGAAUUUUAAAUUAAUGUUGUUGUUGUUGCUGUGAUUUUUGUACUUUUGCCAAUUUUAUAAAAAUUGAAGCUGUAUUAAAAGUAUAUAUAAUUACGGCAAGGAACGUUCUUUUUGGCUAAUUUAAAUAAGGAUAGUUUCUAUGUCGCUGAUUUUCUAGUGAAACUUAAUUUUAAGCUGUGCAUAAUUCUUCCUUAUAAAUAAUAAAAGUUAUAGAAAAAUGAUACA